UGUUUAAGCCGCAUCAUAUUAUUGAAUGAUUGAGCAGGCAUGAUGCAGUGGACAUCUUUAAUACCAUUUUUUAUUUACUGUAUAAAUGGAUAUUUUACAAUUAUCUCAGGGUUUCAAUUGCAAUAUGAAGAAUGUGAGGUUGGAACGUCUCUGAUAUCGGAUAGCAAUGUGACGUACCCGGUAUAUGAUUACAAUCCAGAGAGGCCCGACAUAGUUCAUCUUGAAGAUCCAGCCGGGGUGUGGAGAGCGUUUUUCCAAUCCACUAAUCAGUUUCUUGUCGUCGACUUCCGGUCCUUGCAUAUCGUGACUCAAUUUAAAACAUGGGGUAGGCUCGGAGAAAAUGAAUAUGUGAAGCAAUACGCCAUAGAAUAUUCUACAGACAAUAAAGAUUGGAUGGAAUACACAAACGAAUUUGGCUUCCCUGAAGUUUUCAAAGGGAAUAAGGACAGUGAAAACGUUGCUGAAAACACAUUACAGUAUCCUAUUAUUGCACGUUAUAUAAAGUUCAAGGUUGUCACAUUCAGAAGAGCUAUAUCAAUGAAAGUGGAUGUGAUGGGAUGCCCGUAUGAACCAGAUUCUAUACAAAUAGCAAAUGGCGGCCAUAUUGUGUAUCACGUGGACAGCCCACAAUUCAACACCACUGACGUCAUAACGCUUCGCUUCCGUACUACACAUGAAAAUGGCGUUCUUUUUUACGGAAGUAGAGAUAGUGAAUUCAAUGACGUUAUACUCCUAGAAUUGAGACAUGGGGAGCUCCAUUUUAAAAUAGAAUUGAUGUCCCCAGCGUCACCGUCAGGUAUAACCGAUGUCAGCGGAGGAAGAUUUCUCAACGACGGAAUAUGGCAUGACGUCAUAUUUACACGUAACGGAUCUAGGGCAAAACUCAUAGUAGAUCGAAGAGAGAUAGAAUUUAUGAUAAAACGCCGUUUCAUCAGAUUUAAGCCAAGUGGAAAGAUCUUUAUCGGCGGGGUUGACAAUCCUUACAGGAAAGGUCUAUCUAUAAACAGUGAGAACUUUAACGGCUGUAUAGAUAGAUUCAGAUAUAAUGGCAUCAACAUAAUAAGAAACGCCAAGGAAAAAAUACCAGGAUAUUCACCUUCUGGACAAAUUGCUUUCACAUGUUAUCUGGAAGCGGAAGAGUGUUUUACCUUCACGACAAAUAGUUCCUACCUUUUGUAUGAGGUAGAAGCGGAAGCAGACAUACGUGUAGGUUUUGAAUUUAAAACAAACCAUAAAAAUGCCAACAUCUUCCGGUUACACGAAGGUGACGAUUGGGUAGUCCAGCUAGAAACAGACGGGACUGGCUUCUUGCAGUACACAGUAACUUAUAGAGGAGGCGUGUAUACAGACACUGUUAAGAAAGUUGAUAGAGAUGGUAACAUCAGAGAAUAUACAGAUGGAUUAUGGCAUACUUUUAAUAUACAUGUCAAUAAAACAAACAUUAAUACUACUGUUGAUGGGUAUUCUAGAUUUACCAACAAAGAUAUGGACAUGCCUACUUCGCCACUGGAAUUUCUGUUUGGGACAGACAAUAUAUCCAAACCUAGCUUUUUUGGAUGUUUACGGAACAUAAACAUUGGAUCAAUGCCAGAAAACAAUCGACAAUAUCGAUAUCGUAACUUGGUCACUACCGGUCCCUGUGUGAUUAAAGACAGAUGCACUCCAAACCCAUGUGAACAUAAUGGUAAAUGUGUACAAAAUGGAGAUGCCUUUGACUGCGACUGUGGUAAUACUGGAUACAUAGGGGCCUUCUGUCAUAUAUCCGCUCAUCCAUUAUCAUGCACCGUUUACUACAGUAUGUUCGAGCAUCCGAACAGGACUAAAGAAGAUAUAACAAUUGACCCUGAUGGGUCCGGUCCUGUUGCUCCUUUCAUCGUAGGCUGUAAUAAUGCUGAUUUCUGGGAUAUUGUUGAAACGUCCAUUUCCCAUGACGUCAUGGAACCAGUCACAGUAGACGGGUUUCAAGAACCAAACUAUUAUUCACGUAAGAUUAGAUAUACAGCGGAACUAGAUGGUUUAUCAGAAGUUAUAGACCGUUCAGACAGAUGUAGACAAAUGAUUUUAUGGAAAUGUAAUAAUUCUCGACUCAUGUUUCGUGCGAUAGAUUCAGUCUUGAAGACGUAUGGAUAUUGGGUAGGGAGAACAAACCAGGACAUGUUUUAUUGGGGUGGAUCGGCACCAGAAUCUUACAAGUGCGCAUGCGGUGUUUCGGAUGAAGGGUGCAUUAUGGGUAGCACAACAUGUAACUGUGAUUCAUAUGAAACAGGCACUCAGGAUGGCGGUUAUCUAACACAGAAACGAUACUUACCUGUAAUGGAACUAUAUUUCGGAGACACUGGCACAUUAGCAGACAACAAAAUUGGGCAGUACACGCUUGGCAAACUGACGUGUGAAGGGGAAAGUUUAUUAGACAAUACAGUAACGUUCCGGAAAGAGGACUCGACUCUAGAAUUUGCUCCAUUUAAAGCUGGCAGAGCCGGUGAUAUAUGGUUUCAGUUUAAAACUACAAGUCAAAAUGGUGUACUGAUCCACAACAUUGACGAAACCAAUGAUACUUUUAUCAAGAUAGAAUUGAAAGAUGGAUUUGUUGUGUUGAGUUAUACAGCAGGCAUCGUAUUACAGAAACUGAGUUAUAAGAAAUAUGUUAGCAAUGAUAUGUGGCACACUGUGCACGUUGAACGUAAUUUAAAACAGGCAUAUCUGCGUAUUGAUAAUUUCAAUGCUGUAUAUAUUAAUGAACCUGCUGACACGAUUCCACUACACCUGGAUUUAACACAGCCUUUAGUAGUGGGAGCUACUGUUGACUAUAAGAAUGGAUUUGUUGGAUGUAUGAGGGGACUUAGGGUCAAUGGCGUACAUCAAGAUAUGAGAGGCGCUGUCCACAAUGGCCAGUUUACUUAUGGUGUACAUGAAGGUUGUGUUGGAAAGUGCACAAGUAGCCCGUGCUUUAACGGAGGCAGGUGUGUCGAAGGUUACUCUCACUACACGUGUGACUGUACCAACACGCCAUUUACGGGAAGAUAUUGUUCAAAAGAGGUGGGUGUUCACUUGAGAACAAACUAUAUGAUUCGUUUUGAUACUACGAAAUUAAGUCAGUAUCUGCCGACAACUUUACUCAAGGUGGGAUUUAUAACGAAUAGAAAACAAGGUAUUCUCCUACAUUUAUCGGAUGAACACAGCUAUGUCAGUUUGGUGAUGAACAAUAAUGGUGGAGUCAAGUUUGAUGUAAACUUUGGUUUUGAGCGCUUUGAACUGAACACUUGGAAUAUGAAUGUAGAUUUUAGCAACGGUCAGCCCCAUAUUGUCACUUUAAGACGUGAAAAUUAUCGUAUUUUGCAUCUUCAGGUUGAUGAGUACCCUGAGGCUGUUACCUCCUUGGAUCACCAUCUGGCUCAAAUGUUUCCAGAAAACUAUAAAUAUUUGUAUAUUGGAAGCAAUGAUACAAGCAUUAUUUGGAAAGGUUUUGAGGGUUGUAUCUAUCAUGUUGAGAUAGACGGUGUAUUUCCACUAAAGACCGCAUUCGAAGUUCCAAAACCUGACUCGGUAACGUUCGACCCUAAUGGUGUAAUGGAGGAAUCAACAUGUGAGCAUGAGGAGGUAACUCAUGCACCGGAACCAGAAGAGGUACGAGUUAUUCCCCUUGAAGAUUUACCCAGACCAACUUGUGGACGCCCGGUACCUUCACCUGGAAUUGAUAGGGGAGGUAAACACAUAGAAGAUGGAGAUUUGUUUUUUACAUUUCCACGACAGGACAUCGAUUUAAACGAGAAAAUCACCGGACUGUUGACUAUGACAUGCCGUGUGACGUCACCAAAUAUCCAUGACGUUAUUUAUAUACUUAUACGUCAGGAAACGUCUCCGAAAUCCGGGGAAUUUGAAUGUUUAGCAAUGAUUGGAAUAAAUAGAACGCAAACUCCAAUGUUAAAUGAUCAGCUAAAUACAAACAAAAGUUAUGUUAUGAAUGGUACAUUGAAUAAAACCAUGGCAACAUACCCUUAUCUUAGUAUAGGGAUGGAUGUACUAAAUUUAACUUGUGAGGACGCCAAAGACUACAUGUGCGAGGUCGGUUAUAAAAAUAGUUCGUCAGAAACGUUUGAGACAGCGUCUACUAUUGGAACUAUUUUAGCUAGCGCCGGCUGUGAAAUCCAGGAAAAGUUAGUGGCUGGCGCGGUUGAUGAUUCCUUAGGCACCGGGACUCGGGUUGGAAUCGCUGUUGGUGUCAUAGGAGGCGUGGUCCUAGUGGUAAUUUUAAUCUUCGUUGUUUGUAAAUACAGAAAGCGCUCCAAACAGGGUACAUAUGAUCAACAAGGGAACAUCGGUUAUUCAGCGUCCUUUACCAGAACAUCUACUGAGUAAUUACGUGUCACUUAAUCAAAAUGUUGAUGGAAGAUUUUAAAAAAAUGGACAGUAUAUCAUGUGCUUUCUAUAAAAUGCUCAAUAUUAUGUUAUUUUAUACACAACAUAAAUUUCUUGCCUCCUUUGGAAAGGGCCGGAUAGGAAGAUUUAAUUACAUAUAUACACGUUAUUUUGUACUGUAUUAUUUUUAGCUUUAGUAGUUAUACUCCCAAUAUUGGCAUCUGGGAUAUUCUAUAUAUAUCUUUUACUUGUCCAUUCAUUUACUUUCUAAAAUUUUAGGUCUAGAUUUCGUAAUUGAUAUGUCGAUGGAGCAUCAGAUUUGUAAACCAUGGGUCACUGGUACGAUCCUCUGGCGAGGUGUAAUUUCUCCGUGACAAUUGCUACCGGACAUUGAGUCUAUUGGUCAUUUGUCUCUCCCCGCCCGCUGAUCCAGAAAUCGUGUGGAAUUAGCAAUCGAUUACGUGUGGAAUCAAAGCACAGAAGGCGCUGAAUUUGUUUGGGUCUCAGAAUGUCAGAAAGGUGAAGAUUGUGAGAUUAUAAACCAAUUUGUUUUUGUAUAGUGUCACCAAUGCUGUUUCCAGUGUUAUAAAUGUAGUAAAUUGUAUCAUUAUUGAUAAUACACUUGCUCAUAUGUACACUUGAAAGCUCCAGAUUCUCAUUUUUCACAUACCACAACGUGUUAAAGCAAACAUGUUUACCU